AUGCCGCUUCGUAAUCAGAAUCGCGCUCCUCGGAGUCCAAACGUUAAAAAGGAAGGUCUCUCUAGCAUUCCCUUUGACAAGCGAAGGAAAAUGGAAACACAAGGUACAGGAAGAAGACAAGUGCUUUCCACAGUGAAUAGACAAGAUGUUACUGCUAACAGCGAUGUGGGUAGCACUGAGGAGUGUGGUAAAGUUGAAUUUACAAAAGAUGAAGUGAUGGCUUUGCUUAACGAGAGAGCUAAAGCUGGAAAGUUUGAUACCAAGGCUAAGAUUGAGCAAAUGACGGAUAUCAUCAAAAAACUUAAGGUUUGUGUUAGAUGGUUCCAACAAGUGGAAGAAACCCAUGUCCAGGAGAAGGAAAAUCUUCGCUCUUUGCUGGAAUCUGCAGAGAAAAGAUACAGUGAUAAAGAGUUGGAUGCAAAGACCAAAGAGGAAGAGCUCCAAGCUACUAUAGCAGAGAUGAAGAAGAACAUAGCAUCACUACAGGAAAAGCUCUCAAAGGAGGAGCUGAGUAAGUUGGAUGCAACUGAAAAUCACAGAAGAGAAAAAGAAUGUAGAGUUGCAGCUGAAAAGCUUCAAGAUUCUCUCCGAGAAGAGCUUGACAGAGUGAAAGAAGAGAAAAUGGCUGCCAAGCAUAAGGUGGCGUCCCUGGAAGAUAUGUACAAAAGGCUGCAAGAGUACAACACGAGUUUGCAACAAUAUAACACCAAACUCCAGACAGAUCUUGAAGCAGUUCGAGAGGCACACACUCGUGCUGAGAAAGAAAAGUCAAGUAUACUGGAGAACCUUACUACACUAAGAGGUCACAGUAAAUCACUGCAAGAUCAACUAGCAUCGAGCCGAGUUUCACAAGAUGAAGCUGUAAAACAAAAGGAGUCAUUGCUGAUGGAAGUCAAGAACCUUCGGAGUGAACUCCAACAAGUCCGCGAGGAUCGUGAUCGCCAGGUUGUACAGUCACAAAAGCUGGCUGAUGAGAUACUAAAGUAUAAGGAGAGUGUUGGGAAGUCAUCUCAUGAGUUGGAUAUUUUGAUUGCAAAAUCAGGAUCAUUGGAGGAAACAUGUUCGUUGCAAAAAGAGCGUAUAAAAAUGCUGGAACAGGAAUUAGCUUUUGCGAAAGAUAAGCUACAGAUGGUUGAUGCAUCUAUGUCUCAUACUAUGACAGAAUUUGAGGAGCAGAAACAACGUACGCGUGAACUGCAAGACCGCCUUGCAGACACGGAGCAUCAACUUUGUGAAGGAGAGUUGUUACGGAAGAAGCUUCAUAACACCAUUCUUGAACUAAAAGGAAACAUUCGCGUGUUCUGCCGAGUGCGUCCCUUACUACCAGAUGAUGGAGGACGUCAAGAGGCCAGCGUUAUUGCCUAUCCUACUUCAACUGAAUCUCUUGGGAGAGGCAUUGAUGUGGUCCAAAGCGGUAACAAGCAUCCUUUCACCUUUGACAAGGUCUUCGACCACGGAGCUUCUCAAGAGGAAGUAUUCUUUGAAAUAUCUCAACUUGUACAGAGCGCAUUGGAUGGCUAUAAGGUUUGUAUAUUUGCAUAUGGUCAAACGGGGUCUGGCAAAACCUACACGAUGAUGGGCAGGCCAGAAACGCCAGAACAGAAAGGACUGAUCCCACGAUCACUUGAACAAAUAUUCAAAACCAGUCAAUCUCUUAGUACACAAGGCUGGAAGUACAAGAUGCAGGUCUCAAUGUUGGAGAUUUACAAUGAGUCCAUCAGGGACUUGCUUUCUUCAAACCGAACAAUUGCUAUAGAGUCUGUACGAGCAGACAGUAACACCUCUGGAAGACAGUAUACAAUAACACAUGAUGUUAAUGGAAACACUCAUGUUAGUGACCUGACAAUAGUAGAUGUAGGCAGCAUUGGACAAAUCUCCUCACUCUUGCAGCAGGCUGCUCAGAGCAGGUCUGUUGGUAAGACUCAAAUGAACGAGCAGUCAUCAAGGAGCCAUUUCGUGUUCACUCUUCGGAUUUCUGGAGUCAAUGAGAGCACUGAACAGCAAGUUCAAGGUGUUCUGAACCUAAUUGAUCUUGCUGGAAGUGAGAGACUUUCAAAGAGCGGAGCAACAGGAGAGCGGCUAAAAGAGACACAGGCUAUAAACAAAAGCUUGUCUGCUUUGAGUGAUGUUAUAUUUGCAUUGGCAAAGAAAGAGGAUCAUGUUCCUUUCAGAAACUCAAAGUUAACAUAUCUGCUCCAGCCUUGUUUAGGAGGGGACUCAAAGACCUUAAUGUUUGUAAACAUAUCACCUGAUCCAUCUUCUACUGGAGAAUCCCUUUGCUCUCUUCGGUUUGCUGCUAGAGUGAAUGCAUGUGAGAUCGGAAUACCUCGCAGACAAACUUCUACAAAACUCCUCGACUCUCGUCUAAGCUACGAGACUAGUCAUGGAGGUAAUGUUAAUAAAGGGUUUCUGAGAUGGCGAAACGGAGGAGGAACAUACCAUAGCUCAGCCGUAAUUGAUACAUCGGCUCUAGUUGAGUUUGGAGCAGUGGUUCACGAAAAAGCGAUAUUGGGUGCGGAGGUUCAUAUAGGAUCUAACACUGUAAUUGGACCGUCAGUAAAAAUCGGUCCUUCUACAAAGAUCGGAUACAAUGUUUCAGUGAGUAACUGUAGUAUUGGUGAUUUAUGUGUCAUUCACAAUGGAGUCUGCAUUGGUCAAGAUGGAUUUGGAUUUCAAGUGGAUGACCACGGAAACAUGGUGAAGAAGCCUCAAACUUUAAAUGUGAGGAUAGGGAAUCGUGUGGAAAUUGGAGCAAAUACAUGCAUUGAUCGGGGCAGCUGGAGAGAUACAGUGAUUGGAGAUGAUACUAAGAUAGACAAUUUAGUUCAGAUUGGUCACAAUGUGAUUAUUGGCAAGUGUUGCUUGCUCUGUGGCCAAGUAGGCGUAGCUGGAUCAGCAGAGAUUGGAGACUAUGUUGCUUUAGGAGGACGGGUUGGUGUCCGAGACCAUGUCUCCAUUGUAUCCAAGGUUCGACUUGCUGCAAAUAGUUGUGUUACUAAAAACAUUACCGAACCAGGGGAUUUCGGCGGCUUCCCUGCAGUCCCAAUUCAUCAAUGGAGAAGGCAGAUUGUUGAAGCCCAGAUUUCGAGCAAGAGGAAACCAUAA